AUGGCUGCAAGCAAUGCCAGCGGUAUCAGCGCUCAGCUGGACUUUAGCAAAUGGGACUUUCCGCAGGAGCGCAUUUGGUGGCGCAAGUCGGACUUUGAAAUGGCUUGCAAAAUUUGCACGUUUGUGCCUUUGAUUGUGUUUGGUUUGUAUGGCAAUUUCAUGAUGGUUUACCUCAUAGCCAGGAAUCGUGCGCUACGCACGCCUACGAAUCUAAUUAUAGCCAACAUGGCUGUAGCGGACUUUCUAACGCUGCUCAUCUGCCCAGCUAUGUUUAUGAUCAAUGACUUCUAUCAAAACUAUCAGCUGGGCUGUGUGGGCUGCAAGCUGGAGGGUUUCCUUGUCAUGGUGUUUCUCAUCACAGCCGUGCUGAAUCUAUCUGUGGUUAGCUAUGAUCGUCUGACUGCCAUAGUGCUGCCCAUGGAGACGCGCCUGACGCUGCGUGCUGGCAAAAUUCUCAUUGGCUGCACUUGGCUGGCGGGCGUGCUGCUCGCUCUACCGCUGGCUAUCUAUAGAGAGUACAGGGUGCGGGUUUGGCGCAACUUCAAGGAGCGCUACUGCAAGGAGAACACCAAUGUGCUGCCCAAGUAUUGGUAUGUGCUCAUUACUGUGCUGGUCUGGCUGCCUUUGAGCAUUAUGCUCAUCUGUUAUUCUGCCAUAUUCUAUAAGCUCGAUCGCUAUGAGAAGCGCGUUAUGAGCCGCGAGCAUCCCUUGACUGUCAGCUAUAAGCGCAGCGUGGCCAAGACGCUCUUCAUUGUGGUUAUUGUAUUUGUCGCGCUGCGUUUGCCCUUCACCAUUUUGGUGGUGCUGCGCGCCAAGUAUUUCUACACCGCCCAGACCAGCUGGAGCAGCGGCAUGCAGUUCUUUUGGUACUUUUCGCAAUAUCUAAUGUUCGUCAAUGCCGCCGUCAAUCCCAUUAUCUAUGGCUUCAACAAUGAGAACUUUAAGCGCGCCUAUGCCCAAAUCGCGUGCGUGCAACGUCGUCGUCGAGCAGCAGCAGCAGCCACAGCCAACCGCAGUCACUAUUGUUGCUAUUGCGAAUUUAUGCAACGUCAGCGGCCAACAGCAAAGCGGCCUGAGCAGUCAAGCGAACAAAUUACUGAGACGGCUGCCAAGCAAUCGAAACAAUUGCAAAAAACAACACAAGACAAUGCUGACGCAUCGUUAGUUUGUCAAUUAGAUGCAGAUGGUUUUAUAUAAUAAAGUGAAUGCUGGCUAAUUUGCAAUGCAGACCAGUCAACAGUUUAAGCAAAUUGU